GUGGUAUUUAUGUUUGUUUUCAGGUCUGUGCGACUGCUGAAGAAUGACCCGGUCAACUUCCAGAAGUUCCCCUACACGAGUGAGGACGAGGCCUGGAAGACCUACCUGGAAAACCCGUUGACGGCUGCCACAAAGGCCAUGAUGAGGGUCAAUGGGGACGAUGACAGUGUUGCAGCCCUGAGCUUCCUCUACGACUACUACAUGGGCCCCAAGGAGAAGCGGAUCCUGUGCUCCAGCACUGGGGGCCGGAAUGACCAAGGAAAGAGGUACUACCAUGGCAUGGAAUAUGAGAUGGACCUCGCUCCCCUUGAAAGUCCCACGCAUCUCAUGAAAUUCCUGACAGAGAAUGUGUCUGGAACCCCAGAGUACCCAGAUGUGCUCAAGAAGAAUAACCUGAUGAGCUUGGAGGGGGCCGUGCCCACUCAGGGCAAGGCAGCUCCCCUCCCCACCGGCCCCAGCAAGCUGGAAGCUGGCUCUGUGGACAGUUACCUGCUGCCCACCAGUGACAUGUAUGAUAACAGCUCCCUCAACUCCUUGUUUGAGAGCAUUCAUGGGGUGCCACCCACACAGCGCUGGCAGCCCGACAGCACCUUCAAAGAUGACCCACAGGAGUCGCUGCUCUUCCCAGAUAUCCUGAAAACGUCUCCAGAACCGCCGUGUGCAGAGGACUAUCCCAGCCCCAAGAGUGACUUUGAGUACACCCUGGGCUCCCCCAAAGCCAUCCACAUCAAGUCGGGGGAGUCGCCGAUGGCCUACCUCAACAAGGGCCAGUUCUACCCCAUCACCCUGCGGACCCCGGCAGGCGGCAAAGGCCUUGCCUUGUCCUCCAACAAAGUCAAGAGCGUGGUGAUGGUUGUCUUUGACAACGAGAAGGUGCCCGUGGAACAGCUGCGUUUCUGGAAGCAUUGGCAUUCCCGGCAACCCACUGCCAAGCAGCGCGUCAUCGACGUGGCUGACUGCAAAGAAAACUUCAACACCGUGCAGCACAUCGAGGAGGUGGCCUACAACGCCCUGUCCUUCGUGUGGAAUGUCAACGAGGAGGCCAAGGUCUUCAUCGGUGUCAACUGCCUCAGCACAGACUUCUCCUCGCAGAAGGGGGUGAAGGGCGUCCCCCUAAACCUGCAGAUCGAUACCUAUGACUGCGGCUCAGGUGCCGAGCGCCUGGUGCACCGAGCCGUCUGCCAGAUCAAGAUCUUUUGUGACAAGGGAGCAGAAAGGAAAAUGCGGGAUGAUGAGCGGAAGCAGUUCCGGAGGAAGGUCAAGUGCCCCGACUCCAGCAGCAGUGGCGUCAAGAGCUGCCUGCUGUCCAGCUUCAGGGGCAAUGAGACCACGUACCUGCGGCCGGAGGCUGACCUGGAGACCCCGCCGGUGCUGUUCAUCCCCAACGUGCAUUUCUCCGGCCUGCAGCGUCCUGGAGGGGCCGUGCCCUCGGCGGGUCAGAGCAGCUCCAACAGGCUGCCUCUGAAGCGCACCUGCUCACCCUUCGUGGAGGAGUUUGAGCCUCUGCCCUCCAAAAAGGCCAAGGAAGAUGAUCUUCAGAGAGUUCUGUUGUACGUGCGGAGGGAGACCGAGGAGGUGUUUGAUGCUCUCAUGUUGAAGACCCCAGACCUGAAGGGGCUGAGGAAUGCGAUCUCUGAGAAGUAUGGCUUCCCUGAAGAGAACAUUUACAAAGUCUACAAGAAAUGUAAGCGGGGAAUCUUGGUCAACAUGGACAACAACAUCAUUCAGCACUACAGCAAUCACGUCGCCUUCCUACUGGACAUGGGGGAGCUUGAUGGCAAGAUUCAGAUCAUCCUCAAGGAGCUGUAA